AUGACACCCUCAGAUGAAGCUUCAGAAGUUAUCAGUGGAAUAGAUUACGGUGAGGUCAGUCCGACGAACAGGAAGUGUAGCAACGUGGUCCGAUUUGCCUGUAGAGAAUGGCGCUGCUUCCUACUGACACUCCUGAUAAUCUUCUGCCUUCUCUCACUAACCUGGUGCUUCCACUUGAUACUCUUGUCUUCGCCAGAGUUCUGUCAACCAGCCCACUAUUCCAUUGUCUCAACGUUGCUUUUCAUGCUCUACCUCAUUUACCUGUUUGAAUACGUGAACUGCCGCACGCGGUUGGAACUAACCACAGCAAUCGACCUUGCCCAGAUCACUUCUCGAAUCGAGUCGGCCUUGCAGCACGACCCGAAGUUGUGGUGGCUCUGCUUCUCCUACCACUUUGUCCGUCGCCAGGAACACAGAUGUCAUUGUCGACCGAGGUACACAGAAGUGGUUCGUUUCUCAGAAAACACGGAUAAUAAUGUGCAGUGGCCCGUUUCCCACAACGGCGGAAGAGUGGUGCUGGGUGCUGAACGGUACGAUAGAGUUAUAACCUCCGUGAAGCAGCACUUUUUGACCGAUUCAACUACCCUCAAGUGCAUUUGGAGUGACAAGUCACCUAGAAUUAACUGGGACAAAGAACGAUGCACAGCAGUGAGAACGAAGUUUUUAAAGGAACUGAUUUUUGCUGAUGAGGCUACAAGACAAAGCUAUGAGGCAUGUUUCCAGCUCUACAACGAAGCUGACAUCUCACCAUCUGUCCUGGUAGUUAAGGAGAAUUCCACUUUAUUUCGUCAGUCCACCUUUCUUCUCGCUACAAUAUUUCUUCUUUCCUGGCCCUACCGAAUACUAAUUUAUUCGCAAACAGCAAAAAUGGUCUUUCCUCUUCGAAAAAUACUUCGAAUUCCACUGAGCAAAAUUCAUCGGCGCGGAACCAGAUACCCUCCUAGAGCAAUCGGCAGCAGUGAGUGGCACAACAACGAGGCAUUUAUUGUGGAAAAUCCGCUUCUCAGCAAAAAAUCCCCACAAGCGCUCACGGACAGCGAAGAGGAGAUUUUAUCAAUUGAUGUGCGAUACACAGACCCAGAUGGAUAUUCCUAG